GAUAUCAACAUCGUCAAAAGGAACUCGUUUUGUUUUUGGAGCGGCGUGCGAGUCUCUGCGCCUCAGGAACGUCACAUUCAGAAUAAGCGGAAGAGAGAGAGAGAGGGCGCCAUGUUUCUCCGUUCUCUAGUCAGUUGGGCCUACGGCUACGUGAAGGGCGUGGCCAAACAGUACCUCUACAACGAAACGCUGGGGUUAGCGCAAGAGAUGCUGCUGGCCGACAGCAUCAGCGAUGCCGCGGAGCUUUUCAUCGGUGCCGCUUCGAAAGGUGGAGAGUCCUUCUGGAUGGACUUUAUCUUGGUUCUGAGUGUGUUGAUCAUCGUGCUGAUGAUGACGACGUGCGUGGUACGGUUUUCCAUCUGGAUCUGCAUCGGCAUUCCACUGGCCGCGCGCGAUCUCGAGCAGAUCCGUGCGGGCAAGAAGGACUACCAGAUUCAAGCCGCGCGAGAGAAGGAAGAGCGCAAGAAGCGCGUCGAGAACGGCGAGGAGGAGGCUUUCGUGCCCCCAGAGAAAGACCUGCAGGAGGUCUCGGAGUUGCUCGCCAAGAUGCGGCAAGAGCAGGACAAGAAGCCAGGCGAGGCCGACAAAACGAAAGAGCAGGGGAAGGAGGUGACCUUCACGCCCACGUCGCGACGCCCGGCGCAGAACGCACGCGCGACGCCCGCGUCUAUUCUUCGCGGAUUCCCUGAGGUGGACUUUAUGGCCACCUCCCCCGGCCAGAAGUACUUCCUCGUGGGGUGCCGCAGCAAGCGUAGGACCUCGCUGUACCCGCAGAGCGACGCCACGGCCUUCAUGGAGCGGGGAAAAGAGUUGCAGGAGAAGCACUUCACCGACGUCAACGCUACGGUCACCACCGCCGUGGGACUUGAGCAGAAGGCGGAGAUCUUUGCGGCCAGCUUUUCCGCAGACGACGCCCGCCUCGUCGUAGGGGAGCGCUUCACCGACAAGUUUGUCUGCUUCACCUUGUCAGGCCGCACCAACGUGAGUCUCGUGUUGUUGUGGUCUAUGAAGCUGCCGGGACACCGCCUCGUGUCCUCCGUGCCACGCUGGGCCCCGCUUGGCACCGCUGGCAUCCUCAGCAUUGUCGACGCGGCCGCCGAGGUGGAGGCGAUCACGCGCGGCCCUGCGGAGACGGCGACGGCGCACAAGGAGAAGUUUAAGGUGGGCAGCGCGCUGGCCUGGGCGGUGAGCGACGACCGCGUCGCCAUCGGUGGCGCCUUUCUGCGGGAGCCGCGCCUCGCCCGCGUGGUGCAGCGCCCCUCUAGUGCUGGCAUCGCCUUGGAGACCUACGUUGUGUUUCCCAACCCACAGAAGCUGCGUGUGACGGCGCUGGCCUUUGUGACGCCUAAUGCACCCGAGUUCAACACGCGGAGCUACAUGAUUGUGUUUACAGAGAACGGCGUGGGCACGAUCUACGACCUGGGUUCCCUCGCAUCGCAGAACACGCCGCAGGCCGUGUGCACCUUUGCCGACACUGACUUUGCUGAGUACCGCAGCAAUGCGCCGGUGCGCAUCAUCACCGCCGUGCGUGGCAAGGCCUACCACGAGGUGUUGCGCGUGGCCCUCGUUCGCGGUUCGAACGUGUCCGUGUACGAGCAGCGCGGAAAGGCCACAGAUGGCGUCUUCCAGCUCAUUCGCAUUACGGACAUUUUUGACGCGCAGGAGGGCGACAUGAUUCGCAACGCGGCGUUUUUGCAGAACGGUUUGGGGCUGGCGACGUGCGGCAACGCGGACGGCCGUCAUGUUCGCAUGUUCACCCUUCCCGCCGAGGGCAAGACCGCGUGA